AUGGAGAGCUCUCGGGUGCUCGCGUUGCUGGGAGCCGUUUUGGUGCUGCUUCUGAGUGUCCGCGGCCAGGAGGAGACCGAGGUCCAACCGCGAGCCCUGGACCUCUAUUCCGCCAUGGAGGACACGUCCCACGAGAAGGAACUGAUCGAGGCUCUGCAAGAGGUUCUGGAGAAGCUGAAAAGCAAAAGGCUCCCCCAUUAUGAGAAGAAGUAUGGCCAAGUCCCUAUGUGUGAUGCUGGCGAGCAGUGUGCUGUGAGAAAAGGAGCCAGAAUUGGAAAGCUCUGUGACUGUCCCAGAGGAACAUCUUGCAACACUUUUCUGUUGAAAUGUUUGUAA